GUUUGUCUACGAUUGCUUGCUCUCCGCGGUGUAUUCACCAAAGUCGGCAUCUAUAAGAACAAMCCACCCACUUCACGUGCUCUUCUCAAUCAAGGUUAAAAAUGGCCGCUAAACAAGGAGAAAAACAAGUCCAAGAAGAUGGGAAAACCCCCCUUCUCACCCCCURCAAAAUGGGAAAUUUUGAACUUUCUCACAGAGUUGUUUUGGCACCUCUAACAAGGCAAAGAUCAUGGGGCAAUGUCCCUCAACCRCAUGCUAUCUUAUAUUAUUCACAAAGAACAACCAAAGGAGGCCUUCUUAUUGCAGAAGCCACUKGUGUUUCAGAUACUGCCCAAGGGUAUCCCGACACGCCAGGCAUAUGGACAAAGGAACAAGUCAUGGCAUGGAAACCGAUUGUGGAUGCGGUUCAUGCAAAAGGUGGGAUCUUUUUCUGUCAAAUUUGGCAUGCUGGAAGGGUUUCAAAUACCGGUUUUCAACCAAACGGGCAAGCCCCGAUAUCUUCCUCAGACAAAGGAUUAACACCUAAAUUAAGAAGCAAUGGCAUUGAUGUUGCAGAAUUUUCAACUCCAAGGAAACUAACAACAGAGGAGAUUCCUCUUGUUGUUAAUGAUUUUAGACUUGCUGCAAGAAAUGCAAUUGAAGCUGGUUUUGAUGGAGUUGAGAUCCAUGGCGCUCAUGGUUAUUUAAUCGAU